AUGCUGCGCGGUCGUAUGGGUCGCCUGACGGACGAGCUGGCUAGCCAACAAGGUCUUCUCGACGAGCUACGCGGUAUGCGUGAGGCAGACGCGUCGACGUUGCACGAUAAAGUCCGCGAAGUCGACCGUUUACGGACCGAAGUCGAGCGUGUCGCCGGCGAAGUCGAAGUUCUGCGCGGGUUCGUCGAGGAGGGGUUACGCAAACGUCGCGCUUGGCGUCCGGACGCUUCUCAAGUGCCUCUGCCCGAAGAGGAUGAGGAGUCCGCCAGCGAUCGUUCUCCAUCGCACGUCCCUACCGAGCCUCUCACCGACGAUGAGCGCGAACCCGCUUAA